CUAACAGGCAACUCUCAAUCUGUCUCUUGCUUGCACACUCGCACGCGAAGAGAACCUGUCAGGGAAACCCGUACUGCAUCUAUACUACGUCUUCUGUCUACUCAACUGUCACCUUCACUCCACGUCUGGGAAAAACUGUAGAGAUGGAGGACCUGGAGGUGACGUGUAGCAUCUGUGACCAAGAAUACAGCGAUGACAGAACCCCUCGGAACCUCCCUUGUGGUCACUCCAUCUGCACGCUGUGUGUGGACGAAGUCCUCGCCAGGGACGGUAAAUGUCCCGAAUGCCGCGUCCCCAUCACUGCCGCCACCUCCGACGACCUGCCCAUCGGCUAUACCCUACUGACAUUAUCCUGCCGGCUCAAGAAAAAGCGAGAGAUGCAACGGAAAGAAGUCGACUCCUCCUCCUCUCAAGUCGAGGGUAGUCGUCAGGUUGAUGCGGGGAAGUGUGAGUGUCAUGGCUUCUCCCUGCUCUUCAGGUGUCAGACGUGUGACGUGUGGGUGUGUCGGGACUGUGUGUUGGAACAUCCUGAGCCACCGCGCGGAACGUGUAGAAAUGCGACUUUUGCCACUGCGCAAGCAGAAGCGCAGGAGACCUAUGCAAACGCAGUACGCUUUGAAAACAUUAUGAUAAGCCUAUUGAAAAAUGAAUUAAAUGCAGUAAAGUCCCAUGUAUUAGAACAAGAAAAACAGUAUCAAACAGAACUCAGCUUUUUCCAGGAAAGAGAUAAUUACAUAAAACGCAUAACUGAUAAGAUCACAGACCUCCUAAAAAAGUUGGAAUCUUGGCCGGACUUUCUCCAGUCAACCGAGGACCGCAUCGCCCAUGCUAAGACCCCUUAUGACCUGACGAUCGCUACUCAUACGUCUGUCAGUAGCUCAGAUUAUCUUAAGCGUCUGGUUAUAGAAAUCGCAGAACUAACUAAAGAGAUUCGAUUCCACGAUUUUGUGUCAAAAAAUUGGCGAUAGAAACCAAUUUGUUAAUGAGCUAUGUACAUCAUUAUUUACUGCAGUUUCAGCAGUUUGUUAAAUAAACCAAUUUCUUGAUGAGCUAGACACAUCAUUAAUUACUUCUGUUUCAGCAUGCUACGUCCAUGAUGGAGCAAUUAAGAGAUAAUGAAAGUAGUUAUGUGAUCUUUACUUUAAACAGGUGAAUCAAUUUAGUUAGGAAAUACCAUAUAAACAUAAGUUCUUUUAAAACCCCAACUCAGACAAAACUAAUUAUAUAUAUAUAUAUGACCUCCUGGGGGCCAUCAAAGCAUCCACCACCAGAACUCUUCCCCACAUUCCUAAAGCAGCGCGCCCAUUUGCAGCAGGGAAA